AUGCAGGUCAUUCGGUCGUUUGUUCGGGAGGUGGUUCAGGCCUACAAGCAAAAGGACAAGAGUGCCAUAUGCGAUCUCAUCAGUCUUGACAGCUCCAGUGGGCGUGUCGAGCAGCUCUCCCAAGUCCUCUACGACAUGACAGAGGAGUCAAUACGAUCGACUGUGGCCGCAGAUUGCGAAUCAUUGGACGCGCCAAGGCCUCUCAAGGACCUGAUCACAAACUACCUCAUCUUUACUAUCGCCUCCUGUCUCGACACCUCUGACCUCGCUGACAUCUACGAGCUCUUAUCGUUUUUGGGUCUUUAUACCGCUUUCGACGCACAAUGGCUGACUCCUCUGAUGAUGAACAUAUCCUAUUCGCUGGUCGACUGGGCAACCUUGGCGGAUAAGGAGAACCCAAACGCAAAGGAACUCAAAGUCAGCGACGCAGCAGCAAAACAUCUAUCGAGGGCGUUCAACGUUGUGAUCAGCGACAAGAUGAGCAACGACUUGAAGGAUUCUAAAAAGAUGGCGCUUUAUUAUCUCGCCAACCUCACCUUCCGCGUCUACUUCAAGGCAAGUCUCUCUUUCUUUUGUCGGUCGUUCCAGGAAACCUUUUGA